AUGGCUACUUCAAAUCAUUCGUCCAUGACUGACUUUAUCCUUGAAGGGUUAACAAAACACCCAGAGCUUCAGUUGCCACUCUUUAUACUGUUCCUUGGAAUAUACGUGGUCACAGUGGUGGGGAACCUGGGCAUGAUCCUCUUAAUUGCUAUCAGUUCUCAACUUCACUCUCCAAUGUAUUAUUUUCUCAGUCAUCUGUCAUUCAUUGAUCUCUGCUACUCCUCAGUCAUUACCCCAAAAAUGCUGGUGAACUUCAUAUCUGAGAAGAACAUUAUCUCCUUUUUGGCAUGCAUGACUCAGCUUUAUUUCUUCCUUGUUUUUGUAAUUGCAGAAGGCUACAUUCUGACUGCCAUGGCAUAUGACCGUUAUGUAGCCAUCUGUAGCCCCCUGCUUUACAAUAUUCUCAUGUCCCAUAGGGUCUGCUCCAUAAUGAUGGCUGUGGUAUAUUCACUGGGUUUGUUUGGGGCUACAGUCCAUACGACCCACAUGUCAGUAUUGUCCUUCUGUGGGUCUCAUGUUGUUAGGCAUUAUUUUUGUGAUAUUCUCCCCUUGUUGACUCUCUCUUGCUCCAGCACCCACAUCAAUGAGGUACUGCUGUUUAUUAUUGGAGGAGUUAAUACCUUAGUACCUACACUGGCUGUACUCCUCUCUUAUGCUUUCAUCCUUUCGAGCAUCCUCCAUAUUCACUCUGCUGAGGGACGGUCCAAAGCCUUUGGCACCUGUAGCUCUCAUCUCAUGGCUGUGGGUAUCUUUUUUGGAUCUAUCACAUUCAUGUAUUUCAAACCCCCUUCUAGCAAUACUAUGGAACAGAAGAAGGUGUCCUCAGUGUUUUACACCACGGUGAUCCCCAUGCUGAAUCCCAUGAUCUACAGCCUGAGGAACAAAGAUGUGAAAGACGCACUGAGAAAGUCUGUCAGUCAGAAUAGAAGGAGAGAUAAAGGUCUUCCCAAACAAACAAAAACUGAAGGAAUUCAUCACCACUAAACCAGCCCUACAAGAGAUCCUAAGGGGGAUCCUGUGAGACAAAGUACCAGAGACAUCGCUACAAGCAUAAAACAUACAGACAUCACAAUGACUCUAAACCCGUAUCUUUCUAUAAUAACACUGAAUGUAAAUGGAUUAAAUGCGCCAACCAAAAGACAUAGGGUAUCAGAAUGGAUAAAAAAACAAGACCCAUCUAUUUGCUGUCUACAAGAGACUCAUUUUAGACCUGAGGACACCUUUAGAUUGAGAGUGAGGGGAUGGAGAACUAUUUAUCAUGCUACUGGAAGCCAAAAGAAAGCUGGAGUAGCCAUACUUAUAUCAGACAAACUAGACUUUAAAUUAAAGGCUGUAACAAGAGAUGAAGAAGGGCAUUAUAUAAUAAUUACAGGGUCUAUCCAUCAGGAAGAGCUAACAAUUAUAAAUGUCUAUGCGCCGAAUACCAGAGCC